ACGUCGAGCCGACAGGAAGCCGCCAAAGGAGCGCUCAACGUUGCCAACGUUUCAAUUUGUUGUUAAGUUUUUGCUUAGUUCUCUUCAACUCUUUGUUGCACCUUCAAUUCCCAUCCACAUUCCCCGUCAUCAUCAUCAUCAUCAUCCGUUCAUCCGUUCAUCGUUCGCCGUUCAUCGUUCAUCACUCUUCGUUCAUCCGUUUCUCGUUUUACGUUUCUCAGUUUUGAUUCUUAAAUCGCGUUCAAGUUUUCAUUUUCGAUCAUCAUCAUUUCGUUGAUACGCGGCACAGUGCAAUGGCCAGUGUUGCCAACCCACCUCAGCAACCAUCGUCAUCGUCAUCGUCAUCGACAGCCAGCGGUGGCAGCCACAGUCACGUUCAGUCUCACCCACACAUGCACAGCAUACAGCUGCUGCACAAUGCCACGGCUGGGGGCAUGCCACAUGGCUUGGGUCUGCUGACCACGGUGGCAUCGCUGCCGCCCAAGUAUCGUAGUCGCUAUCUGAACAUCAAAACCAAGUGUGAAAUACCAUUGGAUCUGUCCGUGAAACCGCCAUCGCCAGAGCCAGUUGCAUUGCCAGUUGCAGAGACAAGCAGCGAUGUGCCAAUGGCGACCACAGAACCACCAGCAGCAACUGCUGUUGCAGCCGCAAGUGAGGAGGUUGUGCUGCCCCAGGAGGUGGUCGUUAUUACAGAGAAACCCAUAACACCGCCACAAAGCCCAGAUCCAGUUGCAGUUGCAGUCGCAGUUCCAGUUGCAGUCAAGCGCAAGUUGAGCGAGCAAAGCGAAACACAGCCGCCAGCCAAAUUGGCCAAAUCACAAGAGACUUUGCCUGAUGCUGCUGCCACGCCAGCGAAACCCAUUAGGGUCGCAGACACAGCUCCGCGCACCGCCAAAGCAACCACAACAACAACAUCAACAUCGACAUCAACAUCGAGUGCCAAAUCGACGCGGAACAAAGCGACUCGCAAAUUAAAGUUCGAUGAGGAGACAAGUUCGCCGGUCUCGGGCACAAUUAUACGACCACUGGAGGACAUCACCGAUGGCACAAUGCAGUACAGCAAUGGCGACAUCGAUCCCAAGUACAACAUUGUCGAGAUUACCGACGAGACAAAGGCCGAACUGGCGGCCAUCAAGAACGUAAUUGGCGACUACGUCUGUCGUCUGUGUCGCAUCAAGUUCGACGAUGCUUUUGGUUUGGCGCGUCAUCGUUGCGCCUGCAUUGUGCUGCUCGAGUAUCGCUGCCCCGAGUGUGGCAAGCAAUUCAAUUGCCCCGCUAAUUUGGCCUCCCACCGACGCUGGCACAAGCCCAAAAAGGAGACGUCGACGACGACAUCGACAGCCGCCAAAAAGGAGAACCGCAAUACCAGCAAUCAACAGGAGCAGCCACAACAAUCGAGCUCAAAGAAAUCCACGAGCGAGGAGCCUGCCUUUGGCUGUGCCGAGUGUGGCAAGAAGUUCAAACGUGCCGCAUAUCUGCGCAAGCAUCAGCAGACGCAUGCAAAGAAGACACAAACAGUGGCAGAGAACGAGGUGGAGGAAUCGGAGCAGGAGAUCGACCCACAGCCAGCAGCAACCACAACAAUUACGGGCAGCUUCCAGACGUCUGUCUACAAAUCGCACAGCUCCAGCUCCGCCAGCAGUUCGCACUCCUACGCCGGCACCCACGAGGACGAAGGCGUCUAUGUGGCGGGCGUGGCCAGCAGCAGUCACUACGACUACGAGGCUGACUACUUGUCCGACUGCAGUUCGUCCACCUCCUCCGCUGGCUACGGUCGUCUUCAGAUUGUCGAGCACGGUCUCACCGAGGAGGAGAGCAUCGCAGCAGCUGCUCUCACGAAUCUUCGCAAUUGCGCCUCUGUCAUCCAACACACGACAAUGGCGCAUUAAGUAAGUCAACAAUGGGUUAAUCAUUUUGUUUAUAGUCCUUUUAUUGUUAAGUUUAGUUUCGUAAUUCACACACAAACUGCAGCUGAAACAGACCAAAGAAAAUUAGUUUUUAGAUUUGCAAAUUUCAAUUCGUUUGCAUUUUAGUUGUACUCGGUUAGUUACUAAUUCAUUUCACAAGUUUCUAGUCUUAGUUCUAAACCAAAGAAUAAGUUCAGUUCUAGUCAAAAACUCUCAUGUACUUCGAUCAACAUUCCAAUUUGUUGUUGUACCACAUAUAAUACCAAAUAGCACCAAAGACGACAAAUAGUCUAGUCAUCAGCAUUAGGUUAAAAUCAUUUACUUCUAGUCAGUCCAAAUACCAAAAAUACACUUGGCACAAGUCAGCUUCAAUAUGAUCUCAAUGUAGAUAGCUAAAGCCCUUUGGACUUUCAGUACCAGGCCACGCAUUUACACAGUUCGUUUAGUCAGUAAAAUUCUAGUCAUAUCCAUAGAUUCUAGUCAGAAUUUGCAAUAAUUUAUACCAAAGUAUAAAUAUAGAUUUUAACCUGCUUUUUCAAACUUUCUACUCCGAAAUAUCUUCAUCUAACAUUCUCAUAGUCAUUUCCUAUCCCUUCAUCACUUCCGACCUUGCAUUUUCAUUCUCAUCUAAACAUUCUAGUCAUCAUCUCAUCUACAUUCUACAUUUCACAACUACUCACACUAUCAUCAACAUCUCAUUCCUCUUUCAUACAUCAUUCAUUUCAUUUUCCAUAAAAUUCUGUAAAACAUAAAUCAUUCAUUACUCUCUCCACUACACUUUCCUUCAUUCCUCACUCAUAUUUCACAUCACAUCAUUCUUAAAUUUAUUAUCAUAAACAUUAACCAUAAAUUCUAGUCAUUAAUUUAAUCGCUCAUCUAGUCAAUUGAAGAGCUAGUCAGCUUCAUUUCGCAUCUCAUUAGCUUAUUCAUCUACUUUUUCGGAUACAAUUUUAAGUUUAACUUUAGGCAAACAUUUAGUUCAAAAUUUUCUCAAUUUAUUUUUCAUUCAAUUUCAAAAAUUCAAAAACGAAAUUCAGGCGAAAACGUGCAGUAAUAGUUUUUAAGUGUCAUCCAAACCAAAACCAAAAACCAAAAACCAAAUCGUAAACUAAGCAAUGAAAUCCAGUUCCCGGGCUGGUUCCAAAAAAAGUCGAGUGUGAACUCUAGUCAUUUCUUAGAAUUCUAAGUUUCGAGGCAGCUCAGCAUCAGUAUCAGAUUAGUUUAGUUUAGUUUAGUUUAGUUUACUUUAGCUUAGUUAGUUAGUUAGUUAUUUUUGGGUUAGGUUAACAACAACAACGGACAUUGAACCAGCGUUUCACUACCAGUAAAAGUAUUUAAAGAGUACAACUUAAGUUAUCGAUGCAUGGCCAGAGGCAACAAAUACAACACACAGUAAAAAAAAACCGGCGGUUGUGUACUUAAAAGUCAACUCUUAAUGUUUAAGCAAUCCAGAGCAAUAUCACAGCGUUAUUGUUCCUUAGUCUGUAGAAUGCAAUUUGGUUGUAACCGCAGAGUACAACGAAAGUGGGAAAACUUCGCUCAAUCUACACAAUACUUAUAUACAAUUUAGGUUUUAAGAAUAUAUUUAAUAAUAUAUCAUUGAUAAGCAUAUCUAAGUGUUAAGUGAGAAUUUGUGAUAUUACAUUGUUAAGCCUAAAGUUUACAAAAGGUCUUGUGCUCGAUGGUUUUUUAUCUGCACACAGUGCAUUUACAAUAACAAACGAAUAACAUUAUAAAUCUUAAACAUUUAAGUCAUAAAUCCAUAUAUAUAUUUUUAUACGUAAUAUUUAUAUUUUUCUACAUACUACAAAAAAAUCGACAAAAACU